ACAAAAGUGAAAGCGAGCAAUGGGCGUGAUAUGUUUUAGUUUCAAAGCUUAAGGCAUUCGUGAGCGAUUUUUCAGUUUUUUAACCGUCAACUCGCUUUUGUUAAAAAAAAGGAACGAAAAAAAACUUAGAAAAUCUAUUUAGAAAGAUGAAGACUUAUUUAUCAGUGGGAUUUUUUAUCUUUAUGGCUUUUGUGCAAUUAUACAGAUCAGAGACAGACAAAUUUACAUUGGUAGUUUCAUCACCGUCCGUUUUUGGUCAUGUUGGAGAGAACAUCGUUCUGCCAUGUGCUUUGUCAUCCAACAUCAGUGCAGAGGGAAUGGAGAUCAGAUGGCUGAAACAGGAGAAGGAGCGCUCAGUACUUAUAUUUGUGUCACAGGAGAAUAAUGAAAAUGAACUAAACAAAGGUUACCAGGAAAGGACUGAGCUCUUCAAACCAAGUCUGGGGGAAGGCGAUGUGUCUCUGCUUCUGAAAAGCAUCAAAAUCUCUGAUCGAGGCAACUAUACUUGCUCUGUUGUUACCUCAAACUGGUUUUCAGAUGCUUCCCUUAGCCUGGAGGUCAUUGUCACUGGCAGCACACCACUCAUGUCAUUAAAUGGACACAAGGGUGCCGGAAUUGGACUAUCCUGCAUAUCUGUCGGAUGGCACCCAAUACCUGAGGUACAGUGGUUAGAUGUCGUAGAUACAGAUAUUUCUGCUCGUUCAAACACUGAAUUGGUGAUGGACCAGGAUGGACUGUACAGUGUAAAGAGUAACCUUGAGGUUUCUCAGAAGGACAGUGAUGGAAUUGUCUGUCGUGUCAGAGGAGUGCAAAGACAGCCUGAAUCGUAUAUAGAAAUCAGAGAGGAUUUAUUCCACACCAGUUCUUCAUGGAAAGCUGCUUUUGCAGUCACAUUUCUGUUUCUUCUCUUCGCUGUUGGACUCCUUGGUGCAGUAUUUUUGCAUUGGAUGAAGAACAGAGUCAUUCAGGAGUCUGAAAGGAAGGUUGAAGAAUCAUGUCAAGAGACAACAGCAAAACUAGCAGAAUCUGAAAAGCUGCUUGCAGAAGAAAAAGACAUGCGCAUUAAACAUUUAGUAUCUGAGUCUGCAAAGAUUAAAAAAGACAUAGAAAAUCUCACUGAGCAUCUGGAAACUACAAAAUCAGACAGUGAAAAAUUAAAACAAGAGUGCAGUGACCUUAACAAUAUAAUAAAAGAACGAGGAUACAUCUCAAGCCAAGAACUGGAAAAGAUGCGCUCAGUAAAAGUUAAUAUAACAAUAAACCAAGUCAAAUCAUCAAGGAAUGUUAAAGUGUCAGCAGACGGAAAGAAAGUCAGAGCAAAAGCAAAAAUCAAGCUAACAGGAUGGGACUGUGCCAUUGCCAAUGACAGCUUCACUGCUGGGAGACACUACUGGGAGGUGAAGGUGGGAGACAUUCAUAAAUGGAGGCUGGGUGUCACCAGUGACUCAGACUUCAGUGAAGUAAAAGACAAGACUAAGGCCAGGAAGAAUUACUGGGCACUGAAGUGGAAAGAAAAGAAGUUUAUUGCUAUAAAGUGUGAACAAAAAACAGAGUCAACUUCAAAACAGAAGGCCAGUGUGAUUGGAGUGUUUCUGGAUUAUGACAAAGGAGAGCUUUCCUACUAUAAUUUGGAUGACACUUCUCGUAUUCAUACUUUGAAAUUUAGCACUAAACUGCCCCUCUAUCCUUUUUUUAACUGUGCUAGCACUGACAAAGAUCUUGUUAUUUUGCCUCAGUUAGCAAAUGAAAUGGAAAAGAAACAGACAGAUGACACUACUGCCUAAAGUCCAUAGCAGAACAAAGAGAUAUUUCCACACAUGUAAUACUACCGUUAUAAAAAAUCUUAAUCUAUGUGUAUCUUAUAAAUAAAUGCAUAAAAUUACUUAGAAGAUGAAUUUGAUGUAAAACACACUAGUACAUUGCAAUUUUAGGACUUGAUAGAAGUUAACUUUACAUUUCCUUCUCAAGACCUGCAAGGUUAAGUCACAUUUGAUAUUGCACGAAACAACCUAUGUGCCAACCUGAUGUGAAACAAGCUGCUACCAGAAAUAUAAUUCUAAUAAAAUACUUAAAGAAUGUCA